CAAUAUAAAUUGUCCUGCAAAUUGUAGUAGAGCAAAGUAGACUAAACAUGAUCUUAGAGAGAGCCAUCAAGAAGAAGUGUCACCCAUUCAUCCUUCUCAUUAUCUGGGACACUGAAAAAGUAAGAAACCAGAGCAUUAUCUUGCAUAAUCAUGCGAGCUACCUUAUGACGUUGAGCUGUGGUCAAAUUAUAACAGCUGAGCCAAUGGAGUGUUUGAAGGAUCUCUCUUUAGAUGGAACAGGGAUUAUCAAGUUGCAUUCAUCAAUUGAGAAACUAAUUGGGCUUCGUUGGCUAUUUUUAAGGGACUGCAAGAAUCUUGAGUUUGUUCCAAACAACAUUUUCAAUAUGAGUGGCCUUGAAUGGCUAAGCCUUUCUAAAUGUUCAAAACUAGAAAGUUUACCAGCUGUGUCCUCAGUUGGUUUUCAUUUUAAGAUUGAAAUAAAUCUUAGUCAUAACAGCUUAUUGAAAUUAUCUGAUUGGAUCUACGGUUUAUCUUCCAUACCAAUGCUAGAUUCAUGUGGAUCAAUGAGUGACAUGAGACCUGUCAAUUUCUUAGGCUUUGCCUUUUGCAUUGUUGUUGAGUUUGAGCACUAUUGUUUUGAUCUUAACCGUUUGAAUUGUCGCUACGAAUACGUUUCAAAACCGGCAAUGGCGAAAGCCGUAGAUGGAGUUGGAGCUCUCAGAGGCUACAAAAGGCUAAAGGGGAUGAAUUAG